GAAGAGAGGCCAGAGUGCAGAGAUCGGGAGACUAGUGUCGAUCAUCUGUUUGUGUCAUGUCCGCGAUGUUCCACCCUCGCUGCGGACGCUGUGUUCAUCUCUCCAAUGGCAACAAGACGGCUAUCCGCAGCAACCCGACUCAAGAGUUCAACCGAGGACUCAUAUUUAGCCUCGAGCCUAUCAAAGAUAAUGAGGUGUUUGAGGUGACGAUCGAUAAAAAGCUGAAUACAUGGAGUGGCAGUAUCGAGAUAGGAGUGACAGUAUGCAACCCAGAUGUUAUCGACAUUCCAAUUACAGCCACAGAUCUACGUGGAGGAACAUGGAUUAUGUUGGGUCAAGGAGUAUUAAGAGAUGGUCGUUCUCUACACGAAGCAUACGGCUGCGACCUGGAUAAGCUGGUGGAGGGAGACAGGGUUGGAGUAAUGAGAACAUCACAGGGUGACCUGAAGUUUUUCGUCAAUGGAGAAUGCCAAGGUGUAGCAGCGGCUAAUCUACCACAGAUGUUGUAUGCCGUGGUUGAUAUGUACGGAAAGUGUGCACAAGUUACUGUUACUGCACCGUCCACGCCAGAUUCUAACACAUUAGAUGAAGACUCCACGAGUGAGAUGUCAUCCAUGCGGGACUCCAACAUCUUGGACUCCCAGCAUGACCCAAUCCCCUCUGGCCUCACCAGCAUCAAUAAUCACACCUCUGCAAACUUACAUGCUGCUCUUGCUAAUGGUGUAACUGCAGCCAACCUCACCCCAGGUGCCAGUCAUGCUACCUGUAGUGCGCUCAAUAAUCAUGUUGCUAAUAUUAGCAUUGCCAACAGCCUUAUGUCUAACAGUGAUAGUAACGUUCUACACGACGAGAGGGAUGGUAGAGAGAGCAGCUGUGAGGCAUCCCAUAAUCCUUCACCACGAGCUUCGGAUGCUGCCACUCCUCGCCCUCUUGUCACAAAUUGUGUGCCAGCAGCACAGACUGUCACAAUAAAUAACUGUAACAAUGACAUUGGCAAUACCCCAUCUGGUUACACUUGUGGUGGUGCUGUGGGUGGUAAUGGUGGGAACAAUAAUAAUGGUAGUGGUAAUAAUAAUGGUGGGGGAAACAACAACAAUAAUAAUAAUAACAACAACAGUGGAACAAAUGGUGCCAAUACAGGUGGCAAUCAAGCUGGAAACAGCAAUCCUGGCACUUCGGAUAAUAUGACGAACUAUUCAUCAGCAAGUGACAGACUACGGUUUCAUGAAAAAAGUGGAACUCUUGUUAAAUUGUCAAACAGCGCUAGAACAGCUGAACGAAGAAGACCUUUGGAUGAAUUCAAUAAUGGAGUGGUCAUGAGUUGUAGAGCACUUAGGGAAAAUGAACUCUUUGAGAUUCGCAUUGAUCGGCUGGUGGACAAGUGGUCUGGCAGUAUAGAAGUUGGAAUAACUACACACAAUCCAGGAUUGCUAGAUUUUCCUGCUACCAUGACUAACAUGCGCUCAGGCACCACCAUGAUGAGUGGAACAGGAAUACUCACGAAUGGUAAAGGAACUCACCGAGAGUAUGGUGAAUUCAAUCUUGAUGAGCUGAAGGAGGGAGAUCGAAUAGGAAUGAUGAUUAAAACUGGUGGAGAACUUCACUACUACAUCAAUGGGCUGGAUCAGGGUAUUGCUGCAACCAUGGUUCCCUCGCCUGUUUGGUCUGUUGUCGACUUGUAUGGCAUGACAGUUAAGGUGACAAUAGUAGACCGUGAUGAAAGGGAAGAACAGAACCUAAUAACCCGUCGAAACACCCAGAUGUGUGACAUACAACCCCCACUCUCAGACACGGUCCCACCCGAUGAAGAUGGGAACGACACCCUGCUUUUUCAUCCUAACUGUGGCACAUAUGCCCAGGUCAUUAACAAUGGCCGAACAGCUCAUCGGCCAAAUGCUUCAGAUGACUUUAAUAAUGGGGUUGUCCUCACUCUACGUCCACUGAAGCCAAAUGAAAUGUUUGAAGUUCGAUUAGACAAGUGUGUGGACAAGUGGGCAGGUUCCCUUGAGAUUGGCGUUACCACACAUCCUCCUACAGAUCUCGAAUAUCCAUCCACAAUGACUAAUGUCAGGUCAGGCACAUGGAUGAUGACUGGCAAUGGAGUCAUGCAUAAUGGCACAACUAUUAUUGAUGAUUAUGGUCUGAAUUUGGACCGACUCAAGGUUGGAGACCGUGUCGGCGUCCUUCGGAAAGACAACGGUGCUCUAUACUUUUUUGUGAAUGGUGUAGAGCAAGGUCUGGCAGCUAACAAUGUACCAGAACAUGUGUAUGGAGUAGUGGACCUGUAUGGUCAGGCAGCACAAGCUACCAUAGUACAGCACUCUGAUCACUGUUCCUCAGAGGUCUUGCCCUCCAGUGUCUCCAGCUCCACAAUUUACAGUGACUUAAGAUUUCAUCAUCUUCAUGGCAAGAAUGCAAGAAUAUUAAAUGGGGGUUUAACUGCUCAAAGACCUAAUGCUCAUGGAGAGUUCAACGAUGCCAUUGUCAUCAGCAACCGUCAGCUUCACGAAGGAGAAAUGUUUGAAGUUAUGAUUGACAAGAUGGUGGACAGGUGGUCAGGGUCUUUGGAAGCAGGUGUUACUGCCAUUCCACCAGAGGAAAUUGAUUUUCCAAGCACGAUGACAGACAUUGAUUAUGAUACAUGGAUGCUCAGUGGAUCAUCUGUCAUGCGGGAUGGUGUUACCAUUAUGAACAAUUACCGCUGUGACCUGGAUUCUCUUGUAGUUGGAACCAGAGUGGGAAUGAUGAGGCACUCUGAUGGCUCACUCCAUUAUUAUGUUAAUGGAGAAGAUCAAGGCACAGCAUGUGAAAAUCUGCCACCAGGUCUGUGGCCUGUGAUUGACCUGUAUGGGCAGUGUGCUCAAGUGACGAUUGUGCACAACCCCAUCAGACAUGAUCAGUCCCUUAUCUCCGUGUCACAGUACUUGGACAUGUCACAUCUGUCUCUGCCAGCAGCGGGUCAGGCUAGUGUUGGCUCAGAGGUAAUACAUCGGUUUUCCAAAUGUUGUGGAGCAAACAUUGCUCUAAGUAACAACAACACUACAGCCACACGUAUCAGACACUUCAAUCAUGGGCUUAUAUUUACCUCGCACCCUUUAGAACCUGAAGAACUGUUUGAGGUACAAAUUGAUCGGGUAGCUGUGGGUUACUGCGGCUCCUUAGGGAUUGGCCUCACCUCCCUCCCAGUUAGCGACUCGUACCCCUCUGUCAACCUGCCGGCAUCCUUGGCAGGGAUCGAGUCUGCAGACACUUGGUGGAUCAGUGGAUCUGACGUGAGGAGAAAUGGCUCUUCUGUUCUGCGGCUCAACUUCAGUCCCAAUAUGGGAAGACUGCUCAUUGGGGAUCGAGUGGGAAUCAAAAGGACGACUGAUGGGGCAAUGAGGUUUUAUAUUAAUGGAGAAGAUUUUGGUGUGGCAGCUACAAAUGUGACAAAGCGUGUGUUUGGUGUUGUGGACUUGUUUGGGUUUACAGAGUCUGUGGUAGCAACAAGUGUUUCCAGACAAGCCAGCUCUCCCAUCAUGGAUUCAACAGUUGUAGCAACAAAUAAUAAUGCUGUCUCCCAAGAUUCACUAGAACUCUCUCAACCAGACUCUAGACAUCCACUGGGACACAUAUCCAUCAAUUCAGGCUUUCACCCUGCCACCUCUGCACACCUACCACACUUAGAUCUUCGCUUAUCAACAGAUGGUAAGGUAGCUAGCACAAAUGACCACAAUCGGCAAGAUUCGGGACAAAAUGGGCGGCACGCACAGACUUCAGAUGCACGGACUAAUGGGCACGUACAUGGAACGCUUGACACAUCUACAGAGAGUCGACAACAGCAAGCGUCAUCGAUUAAUAAUAAAGAAGUUUCAAUAGUUCAGUUUCAUGAAAACACAGGAAAAAAUAUUUUGCUUUCAUCAGACCGCCUAUCAGCGAGACGAACAGAAAGUUAUAAUCAAGGCAUUGUCAUGUCUGCUAAGCCCCUUCCCAGGAAUGUUGUCUUCCAAGUGCGACUAGGAGCCCUUAAUCCACGAUGGUCAAGCUCUCUGAUGAUCGGAGUCACUGCCCAGUCACCUGAGAAGCUUCAUCUACCGAAUACAGCUUUUGCUCUCAAACGAAACACUUGGAUCAUAUCCGGUGACUCUGUUUUCUACAAUGGAGUCAAAAUCAAAGGACGUUAUGGGCCUGACUUGGAUAGCUUGGCUGGGGGAAGUGGUGGUACAGGAGGUCAUGUGGUUGGCAUCAUGGUGGACCACGAGGCUCGCCUUCACCUCCUUGUGAAUGGCGUAGAUCAAGGUGUUGCAGCCAAGGAAAUUCCCCCAAACCCUCAUGUGUUGCUUGACCUGUAUGGGCAGUGUCAGGAGGUGACCAUGUGUAACAGUAGUGUGAGUAGUGAGUCUGCAGUUACCACCACAACUGCUUCAAGUAAUAUUACCACCACAAGCAGUACAGUUGCUACCAACACCACAGUCAACUCCCAACAAACCAACACAACGGCUAUUUCAACCACAAAUUCUACCAUCACUGCUAACACAGUCACUACCACCACCCCACAACUGGGCCAGGAGCAAAAUAAGAAGAACCUUAUGAAGAUUCACCACCAUCACCACCACCACCAUCACCACUCCCAUCAUCACUCCCACAAUAUUCAACAGCAGCAGCAGCAGCAACAGCAGCAGCAGCAACAACAACAGCCACAGUCACAACAGCAGUCACAGCCUGCGCAACAGCCAGGGAGUGGUGUAAUGGUCUCUAGUCUGAACCAAGAGAACAGCAGCAGUAAUAUUUCUAAUAACGACUCGAGUGUAGUAAGACAACCUGGCUCCAACGACGUAGAACACAUCACACAAUCUCACCCGCCUAAAGAUAAGGAUAAGGGUGUUAUACGAGCCUUACCAGACAGCAGUAUCGUUAAGAACUGCGAGUACCAAAAUAUGUGUCAUCGAUUCAAGACUUCCUUGGCCUUGCCUGAGGGAUACUUCAACACAGAUGGAAACCUGUGUUACUGCGAGACCUGCCACAAAAUUCGAGGAGAUGAACCUUACUACACAAAAGGAAAUCCUCCAAAGCACUACUCUCAGCCAUUUGGUUGGUGUCGGUUUGCACUUGUGAGUGGUGUGGGAGACAAUAACGAGUCAUGGCAUAUGGCAUACCAUGGCACAAGACCUGGAGCAGUCAGGCGGAUGCUUGACAAGGGCGAGUUGCUCUUCAGUGGUGAACUUGGUGUCAGCUCAACACUAGCUGGUCGCCGCAGUAAGGAUGAUGAUAGUGACGGAUCCCAGCUUUGUUUUUCUCCCACAGUCAACUAUGCUUCAACAGAUCAGUUUGCUCCAGCAGUUUUGUUUGUUGAUCCAUGUACGAGAAAAAAUGUACAGGUGCGGGUGGUGCUGCAGGUUGCUGUUAAACCAGGGUCUUAUAAAGUUGGGUCUCCAUCUGUGCCGUGGACACCCAACCAUGACCCUAACACGCACACCUCACCUGACCCUCAUCUGCACCCUGACACCAUUGAGUGGGUUACAAAAGAGCGAGGAGCCACGCAGCUUUUAGCCUUAUUAAUUAGGAUUGAAGAAAAAUAAAUAGCCAAGUAUAAAUGGCUUCUUCAUUUAUUGGUUACCUUCAUUGAUUAUUUCUACCUGAAAAACUGACGUGAACUCGGCCUCCCUCCAAACACGGUAUUAACUAUGUUAUGAUUUUGCAGUUCAUGCAGUCCUAAAGGUGCAGACCUCAUAAUAUUAUACAAUAGAUGCAUAAUGAAUAGCUGGAACAAAUUUUGUGUGUUCAGACAACAUUUUUUGAAAAUAUAAUGAGACCCCACAUGAUGGUUAUGCAUAGCAGCACUGAACUGAUGGAUAAUAUGGCAAAAUAAUUGUUUUGAAAAGGUGACUCCACUGUCCAUUUAUAGUGUUUGAAAAUUUGUAUUUGCCAGCAUUUGUUUCAAAGGCUUUGGAAGCCAGCAGAAGAAAAGACUUCACAGAUUCAAUGAAAGUGUGUUUUCAGAUUGGCAAAAGUUUUGACAUGUGUGAAACAACACAAAUUACUAUGCAAUUGACUCAUGAAAAUUGGUUUUACUUUGCAAUGAAUACUUUUUAAUACAAUUUCAUAUUAAAAGUUCCAGAAGUAUUUGUUGUAUACGUGUAUAUGGAAACCAAAAUAAAUGCCAAGGACUAGAUAGCCAGAAUAAUUUCUAUAAUAAUAACAUAAUUUGCUACAGUUGUGUUGGUGUGAGAUUAAGGUUGUAUUGAGGCAGCUAUAACCAGACUGAUAGGAAUAUAAUGCCAACACUUUAAAACCCUUUACCUUCUUACAACUUUAUACUAGACAUUUUAUGUAGUUCCCUUGGGUCUUAGUAGAAGAGUCUAGCUUUGGAAAAAUUGUGUCUGCUUUGUACCUGCUGCUUUCAUUAUUCAGAGGUGCAAAUUUUCAUAUUUUAAAAUCAUGCAGGUGAGAAUGGUAGUGCUGUUGGAAGUGGUUAGUUUGUACAGAUCAAAGCCACCACAAAGCAUGUUGCAGGCAUUAAUGAAUGUGUAUAAGACUAAAGUACAGUAAUGAAAAGUCAUUUCACUGAUGCAACUAAUAGUCAUGUAGUUUUUGGUGCAUGGUACUAGUAGCUGUGUUUUGUCAUUACAAGUGCAGGAUGAGUAACCUUAACAUUGCAUCUUUGGCAUAAAUAUCCAUCACUUAAAAUAACUAUUCCCCAUGCAAAAACAAAUUAUUUGCCUCACUUUUAAUGUUCGCCACACAAUAUAGGCAAUUCAAUAUGGGCUAAUAUUCUCUUAAACUGUGAACUAGAUGAUGUUCAAUGAGUUUGCUUGAUAUGUGGUGUGAAAUAUUAUCGUAUAAGGCUAUUGUACGAGCAAGAUUGUUAAAAAAAAGUGUAAAUUUAAAUGAAUAAUUCUGGAUUUCUUACGUUCAAUAAUUGAGACAGCACUGAGGUUUCCUCUUUUUUAAUCACCCUUAUGUCUAAGGUUGCAUUUAUACCAAAGUCAUUUUGCUAGUUGUGGAUUUUUUCCGCUUUCAUGACCCAUUUCUUUUCAAGCCAGAUAGCAUAUAUUUAUUUGCAAAUAGUGGUUUCGAUUUCCUUUCCCGAUUUUAUUACAUAUGUAUAUACAGUAUACAUAUAUAUAAUAUAAUGUAUAUAGACUUGAUAAAUAUACACUUGUACUUGGAUGGAGGUACAAACACUUGGCCAAGUCAUUCCAAAUACUGUAGUUAAAUUAAAGGCCACAGCUUAUGUUACAUAAUGUGGCCUUUACACAACCUACUAACACAUUUUUUUUAAUUAUGUACUGUAUGAAGUAAUACAUUUUGUAGGUAUGUAUAAUAUAUACAAUAUACACAGUUUAAGAGAUGUGCAUUGAUUGCAUAUAACAUGGGAUCCAAAUGUGCCAUGUAGUGAAGAGAGUUUUGAAGUAAGGCUUUGUAUACUAUACUGUAUUGUGUAAGUGCAAAAUUACUACUGGGAACCAGCUUUUUUCUAGCUUUGUGAAUCAAUCUGGGCUGAAGCUGCAUAAUAAGACUUGAGAUGGGUCUGUGUGUUUUGUGGGCAUUUCACACACCCGGUACAUUCGUGCUAUGAUCGUUGACAACUUUGUUGAAUAGGGCCAUUUUAUGUGUCGCUAUAUAUUUUUAUGGUUUAUUAUUUUUGCAAGCAUGACCAUUGAUGCCAGAGAUGAUUCAGACUGGCUAAAGAUAUCGGUGAUAUCUUGAACAGUGAAAGUUGAAUAGUUUUUGUAGGGCUAUUCUUAUUUGCUGUGUCGGCCUUAAAGCAGGUAUUUGUUAGUGUUUGUGCAUUUGUGUGGGAGUGAGUUUGUAAUUACCUAACUGGAGUUACAGGAUGAAAGUUACGCUCAUGGUGUCCCAUCUUCCCUAUAUUCUUUGUACUGUAUUACCAAGUUUUGAUGCUUCUGAUGGUCUUCAAAUACACUCCCUCCUCAUUUAUUUUGUUGCAUCAUCUACCAUUGCUAAAAAGAAUUUAUGCAAGUUUAUCAGUACUUUUGUCUUCUUGUUUUGAAUCUGUGAUCACUGUUUGAUGCUGUGGAUUGAAAACAUGCCUGCCUUCUUAUCAAUUUUGUAGAUUUCUGUCACAAUUUUGAAUGUAGUGACCAUUUCAUCUUUAUUUUUUUUUACAGUGGUAC